AGCGCCCCGGCCGGCCCCGCCGGGCGGCCUGCGGGGGCGGCGCAGUUGCGAAACUGAGUGCCUGUGUACCUCUUCCUAGAAUACCUGUCUGGUGCUCUCCUCUUCCUCAAGACUACCUCAGCACUCCUCCCACUUGGGGACUCCAGCGCCGUAAGCUGACUACACAAGACUCUGCCUUCCCCAUAUUUCCAUAGCCAGCGACAUGACCUGACACCUUGAUGACCAGUCUCAGGGCCCUUAGGUGACUAGCUGCUACACCAUGGAACUUAAAGUAUGGGUGGAUGGAGUUCAGAGGAUUGUUUGUGGGGUCACCGAAGUUACAACUUGCCAGGAGGUUGUAAUAGCCUUAGCUCAAGCGAUAGGUCGAACAGGAAGGUACACUCUUAUAGAAAAAUGGAGAGAUACUGAAAGACACUUAGCACCUCAUGAAAAUCCUAUCAUAUCCUUAAACAAAUGGGGGCAGUAUGCUAGUGAUGUACAGCUAAUUUUACGUCGGACGGGGCCAUCUCUUAGUGAGCGACCCACUUCAGACAGUGUGGCUCGAAUUCCGGAGAGAACUUUAUAUAGGCAGAGUUUGCCCCCACUGGCUAAACUGAGGCCUCAGAUUGACAAAUCAAUCAAAAGGAGAGAACCUAAAAGGAAAUCAUUAACAUUUACAGGAGGUGCCAAAGGAUUAAUGGACAUUUUUGGAAAGGGUAAAGAAACUGAAUUUAAGCAAAAGGUGCUGAACAACUGCAAGACAACAGCAGAUGAAUUAAAGAAGCUGAUCCGGUUGCAGACAGAGAAGCUUCAAUCCAUUGAGAAAGAGCUAGAAUCAAAUGAAAUUGAAAUACAAUUUUGGGAGCAAAAAUAUAAUUCUAACCUUGAAGAGGAAAUUGUCCGCCUGGAGCAAAAGAUCAAAAGAAAUGAUGUCGAAAUUGAAGAGGAAGAAUUUUGGGAAAAUGAAUUGCAGAUUGAACAGGAAAAUGAAAAACAGCUGAAGGAUCAACUUCAAGAAAUAAGACAGAAAAUAACAGAAUGUGAGAGCAAAUUAAAGGACUAUUUGGCUCAGAUCCAGACUAUGGAAAGUGGUCUUGAAGCAGAAAAAUUACAACGGGAAGUUCAGGAGGCACAAGUCAAUGAAGAAGAGGUUAAAGGAAAGAUUGGUAAGGUCAAGGGAGAAAUUGACAUUCAAGGCCAACAGAGUCUGAGGUUAGAAAAUGGCAUUAAAGCUGUAGAAAGAUCUCUUGGACAAGCCACCAAACGAUUACAGGACAAAGAACAAGAACUGGAGCAGUUGACUAAAGAGCUACGGCAAGUCAACCUCCAGCAGUUUAUCCAACAGACGGGGACAAAAGUUACUGUUUUGCCAGCGGAGCCCAUUGAAGUAGAGGCCUCACACGCAGAUAUAGAAAGGGAGGCACCAUUCCAGUCCGGGUCCCUGAAGCGGCCUGGUUCAUCUCGGCAGCUCCCCAGUAAUCUUCGUAUUCUGCAGAAUCCUAUCUCAUCUGGUUUCAAUCCUGAAGGCAUCUAUGUAUAACAUUAUCUGUCUUUAGGGGAGAGACCUAAUAAAGGUACCAAGGACAGUAAGAAUUCCUUCUUUGAUUUGUGCCAAUGCUGAACAGAGGAUCUAUUUCACAAGCCACCGUCUCUUUUUUCUGUCCUAAAUUGCAUACCACUCGGAGCCAUACCCUGUGCACUGAUGCUAAAGAACAAAGAAACUGUGUUUUCACACACAUCGACAGUGUUGACGUGUUUGUCCAGCAGCUGUAAUGCAAAGCCUUCAUUUUUAUUUGUAGCAUUUUGAGAGCGUUAGGAAAGUAUUCUGCUGUGUGUAUACGUAAAUAAAACCAUGACUUAAGAGCGAAGAGAAAUAUGUGACUGACUUAGUUUAAUUUAUUCCAUAUAAUCGAUUAGUGGGUGAAUGUUGUUGUUUUCAUAUUUUUUGUUACUACUUAUCCUGUGACUGAAUUACAUUCUGAAUUGUGUGACUAUGACUGUGUGCAUGCAUGCCACCAGUGUCCAUCCGUACCUGCUGGCCUACAGCUCUGCGAGUGCCAUAGGGAGCUCCAGCGUCUGCCCUAACUCCAGAGGAACCCACUUGUGUUUAGCUUGUGUACCUCUCCUAGCCAUUGCCUCAUUAGACAAAAAAUCCAGGUUUUAGUUUUCAUCUGGACUCAGAUCUUUUCUUUACAGUAUUUCCAGCAUAUGAAUGACCACAUACCCAGAAGAGCAAUAUUUUCACGAGGUAAAUUGUAGGUUUAAAAGAUUUGCGGUACUUCAGACACUUUAAACAAAAGUGUAGUUGUUAGAUAAUCUGUCCAAACAGGCAUGGGGUUUCCUAAUAAAUUAUGUGUUCUGUUUCUGCCCUACCUUAAUCGUUUUAAUCUCAUGGAUCCUCAGAGUCACCAUAAUACAUAAGAGAUACCUGGUUGAUCUGCUUCAGAAAGGUUACUUUAAGUGAUAUAUUUUUAAAAUAACCCAUUUCGGUAUGUAUAGUCUGUUGGUGUAAGCACCCAUGGGUAAGUCACCACUUACACAUAAUUUCCUCUGUACUUUAUGGAUUGUUGCUAUUUCUCCAAUCACUUAGAUAGAAAGUACAUUGGAGUUAGGUAUUUUUUACAAAGGAAAUAAAGAUAAAUUCUUUUUUUUUUUUUUUCGUUUUUGAGCUUGGCUUUUACAGGAUAUGAGUCUCCCAAUUGUACCUCAAUUUUCUUAUUUAUUUAUAAAACCAAAAAUGAGUCGACACCUCUCCCAUGAGUAGGGACUUAACUAAGAUUCACAAGUAGUAUCUGGAUGGAUGUGGUCAGAUACCAUUUUGCCAUUUUUACAUUCCCUCUGAUCAAAAUUUGGUACAACAUAAGUAAGACAUUAACCUGAAAUUUAAAGUAGUUUUUAAUUCUGAGGAAACUAUAUUCUCUGUAUUACUUACAUGCAACAAAGUAAAAGUGGAUUAGUAUAUUAAUGCCAUGGUAACAAUAAAAAGAUGUAAGUUAUAUCUUAUGCAUGAGGGCAACUUUGGAUGUUUUAACACAUUUGACUUAUUUAAGUGAAUGCUGAGAAUGCUGCAUUUAGGUUUCCAAUGAAAAAUUUUAAGAAUGGCUAUGAAAAUAUAUAGAAGCUUCUAGAAAACUGAAGGUAAUAAUGCAGAGUUGCCUUUUCUAGUCCAGCUAAAUGGCAGACCUCAACUAAAGGUAGUAUUUUCUUUGGGUUCUUGGAGUUAUCGAAUUGACCUUGCCAUGAUACUAUUUUGCAAAUAACUUGAGGAAUAAUUUAUUCUUACCUACAUAACCACAACUUAUACAGAUUUGUUCUCAAUUUAUAAUAGUUAUUUCAUAUCUAUAUAUAUUUAAAAAUUAGAAUUAAAAAUAAUCAAGAUACUUUGUAGAUUUUGUGAUGGUAAUGAUUUAUGUAUGCCCAAUAUAUGCCUUAUUUUUAAAGGGUUCCAUCCUAUACCAAGAGUCAUUUUGUUAUUGUUGUUCAGAGAAAUUAAGAUCUUAUUCACAAAGAAAAACAUUUUUAUAAAUCGAUCACAUUCUAUUUAAAUCAAAAUGUUAAACUGAAGAUAUAUUAAACAUUGCAGUUUUUAAUUGCAAAGAUGCCUUGGUAUGCCAUCAAAAACACAAAGUCAAUGUCCAACUUAAUUGUUGUAAAUUAUUAUCAACAUUAAUCUAAUAACUUUAAGACUGGCAGCAUUGUGACAACUUCCUCUGAAUUUCCAAAUGCCAAAUAAUCUUUAUGGACCUAAUUACAGAUAGAAAUACUGUUUCCUAGAGGCGAAGAACAUACAAAUGUGAAUUUGAUAAAUAUAUUGAGCAGCUAUACUUUUUAAUCAGUUACAUUACUUCUGAAAGAACAUCUCUAAGAAAUAUUUUCUAAGUCUUUUUAAAAUAGAAGAAAGAAAACUCAUUUCCCUCAGAACAUCUUAAAAAUAAUAUAGUCUAUUAUUGUGAACACAGAAGAGUUAGAUUAAGUGCCACAUCUUUUGGAUACAUUUCAGGGCCGGGGGGGACAGGGCAAGAACAGUAGGCAAUGAUAUAUAAAAAUACCAAAUAUAAAAUUUUGCAUCUGGGGGAAUAUUCAGGUUCUAAAUACUAAACUAGAUUAAAGGGUUUUUUAACUGUUGUUGUUGUUGUUAUUAUUAUUAUUA